AUGAAAGUAAACGUCGACGUGCUACGACGUGUCUUCUACUCACUACAAAACGCGAAUGACGAUCCUGGGGACCUACGGCAAACCCUUGAUGCCGAUUCGCAUCUCUUCGUCGUCGACUCCUUCGAGAUGCCUCUGUGGAACUGGUCUCCCGAACGAGGUACCUUCGAAAAAGUGAACACGCCACUGACAGUAUCUGGAACGCCAGAGUCUCGCGUAUUGUCCGUGCGGAACAGAUUGAACAUUAUCAAGCAAUGCGUCUUGCGAAACGAGCACUUCGCGCCGUCUACAUUGCCGUCCAAGGAUCGCGAGCGCCUUCUCAAGUCUACAAAACAACUACUCGGUCGCGCAGGAGAGCGCUUCCUCCUGUUGGGCAUGCUGGCGCAUAACAAGGAAGGAAAGCUCGUCCUUGAAGACGCGGACGGUAGUGUCGAGCUUGACUUCACCCAUUUGGAUGAACCGGGUGAUGGCUUAUUCGUCGAGGGCUGCUUCGCACUGGUAGAGGGCGAGUAUACGCCAGACGGGGCUUUAGAGGUUAUAGCUAUCGGACAGCCGCCUUGCGAGCCGAGAGACGUUGCACGGUCAAUAUAUGGCCAUAUCGACUUCCUAGGCAAGGGCGCGACCUCACUUUUGGAAGAUACCCAAUUUGCCACACGCGUCCAAGAAGACUUCGAGAACAUGCAGUUCUUUGUGCUGUCCGACGUCUGGUUGGAUCACCCGCGAACAUUACCAGGGCUCCGCCUUAUGUUCGAAAACUGCGUCGCCAACGACUUCGUCCCCAAAGUCAUCGUCCUAUGCGGCAACUUCACUACACAGUCCAUCUCCCACGGCGACGGCCGUGACAUCCAACGAUACCAAGAAAACUUCGACGCCCUCGCCGACCUCAUCGCCUCCUUCCCCGACCUCACCGCCGCCACCCACUUCGUCUUCGUUCCCGGGCCCCUCGACAUCGCCCUCAACGGCCCCGUCCUCCCCCGCAAGCCCCUCAUGUCCGCCUUCACCGCCCGCCUGCGCGCCAAGGUCCCGCACGUGCACUUCGCGACGAAUCCGUGCCGUAUCAAGUUCUUCCACCAGGAGAUUGUGGUGUUUAGGGAGGACUUGAUGGCGCGGAUGUUGAGGAAUAUGGUUGGGGUGAAGCCGGAUGUGGCGGGGGAGGAUUUGAAGAGAUAUCUCGUGCAGACGGUGUUGGACCAGGCGCACAUGAGCCCGUUCACACUCAACAUCCAGCCUGUGCUCAGCGACUUCGACCACUCGCUACGGCUAUACCCAUUACCAACGGCGGUUGUGCUCGCAGACAAGUACGACCGCUACAAAAUCACGUAUACGGGUUGCCAUGUGUUCAAUCCUGGUAGCUUUGCGUCGGGGAAGUCAUAUGUAUUCUCGACCUACCAGCCUUCGCAAGUCAACUCUGAAGAAUGCGUGAUCGACAUGCCGAUUGAGAAUUACUGA